AUGAGUCACGUGACCGUACGGCUCAUGCACGAUAUUGCACGUGAAGGCACGUGCGCCGUGUGCGCGGCCGUGCCAACGCCGUUGCAGUGGGCACUCCUUGCAGUGGGCGCCGUAGCGAAUAUUGCGUUGUCGGGCGCACUUAAUCAAGCUACACAAGGGCCUAGAGACAUUCCAAUGCAAUCCUAUCUGGAUCUCAUGGGUCUUCCGCACAAGGAAGAACCCAGGCAUCCUGUGGCGCCGGUCUCCAGCGAGGAGUCGAUUUGCGAAUGGGUACACAACGCGAUUUAUAAUCCGUCCCCCGAGCGACCCUAUUUGAUCAACAAGCCGCCGACUGACCGGCCUGUGCGUAUCUACGCGGACGGCGUUUACGAUCUUUUUCAUUACGCUGUAUACCUCAUCGUUGGUGUCGUAUCUUCGGAAUUAUGUACAAAGCACAAAAACGCGCCGCUGCUUGACUCGCAAGAGCGGUACGCGGCGCUGCGAAAUUGCCGUUGGGUGGACGAGGUGCUGGAGGAUGCGCCUUGGGUGGUUGACUCCGCAUUGCUGGAGAAGCUUAAUAUUGACUACGUCGCACACGACGAACUCCCGUACGCACACUCUACAAACGGUGGAGACACUGCAGACGUGUACGACUGGCUUAAAGUGGCUGGGAAAUUUUUGCCUACUCGGCGCACAGAAGGGGUCAGCACUAGUGCAUUGGUGGCGCGCAUCGUAUCAAUGUACCGUGCUGGUGAGCUGAACGGCAAACUUACAAAGAUGGGCGAGUAUGACAUGACGUGUGACGUGCCCAACUAA